AAGAAGAAGACAGAAGUCGUCAGUUGGCGCGACUGCUCAGAGAGAACUAGUGAAGUAUUAGAUGUUCGACACAGGAUUGAAUCCGGUUUUAGCGGAAACAUGGCAGCCAAGCGUAAAUCUGACGGCACCGUUCCUGCCGAGGAAAGUGACCAGCUGCUCAUCCGUCCGCUAGGUGCUGGUCAAGAAGUGGGCCGAUCCUGCAUCAUCAUCGAGUUUAAGGGACGGAAGAUCAUGCUGGACUGUGGGAUUCAUCCAGGCCUGGAGGGAAUGGACGCCCUGCCUUAUAUCGACCUGAUAGAUCCAGCUGAGAUCGACCUGCUUCUGAUCAGCCACUUCCAUCUGGACCACUGUGGAGCCUUACCCUGGUUUCUCCAGAAGACCAGCUUCAAAGGACGCACCUUCAUGACCCACGCCACCAAGGCUAUCUACCGCUGGCUGCUGUCUGACUACGUCAAAGUCAGUAACAUCUCGGCAGACGACAUGCUGUACACGGAGACAGACCUGGAGGAGAGCAUGGACCAGAUCGAGACCAUCAACUUCCACGAGGUGAAGGAGGUCGCCGGGAUCAAGUUCUGGUGUUACCACGCCGGCCAUGUCCUGGGAGCUGCCAUGUUCAUGAUGGAGAUCGCCGGCGUCAAGCUGCUGUACACAGGAGAUUUCUCCCGACAGGAAGACAGACACCUGAUGGCUGCCGAGAUCCCCAGUGUCAAACCCGACAUUCUCAUCACUGAGUCGACCUAUGGGACUCACAUCCACGAGAAGAGGGAGGAGAGAGAGGCCCGCUUCUGUAACACAGUCCAUGACAUAGUCAACAGAGAAGGCCGCUGUCUGAUCCCUGUGUUUGCCUUGGGCCGAGCCCAGGAGCUGCUGCUCAUUCUGGACGAGUACUGGCAGAACCAUCCGGAGCUUCACGACAUCCCAAUCUACUACGCCUCAUCUCUGGCCAGGAAGUGCAUGGCCGUGUACCAGACCUAUGUCAACGCUAUGAAUGAUAAGAUUCGCAAAGCCAUCAAUAUCAACAACCCCUUCGUCUUCAAACACAUCAGCAACCUCAGGAGCAUGGACCACUUCGAUGACAUCGGCCCCAGUGUGGUCAUGGCAUCUCCUGGUAUGAUGCAGAGUGGUCUGUCCAGGGAACUGUUUGAGAGCUGGUGCACCGACAAGAGGAACGGGGUCAUCAUCGCCGGUUACUGCGUGGAGGGAACCUUGGCCAAGCACAUCAUGUCAGAGCCUGAUGAGAUCACCACCAUGUCGGGUCAGAAGCUCCAGCUGAAGAUGUCUGUGGACUACAUCUCCUUCUCUGCCCACACAGACUACCAGCAGACCAGCGAGUUCAUCAGAGCCCUCAAACCCCCUCAUGUGAUUCUAGUCCAUGGCGAGCAGAACGAGAUGGCUCGUCUCAAGGCGGCGCUGAUCCGGGAAUACGAGGACAACGAUGAGGUUCACAUUGAGGUCCACAACCCUCGAAAUACCGAGGCCGUGACGCUCAACUUCAGAGGAGAAAAACUUGCCAAGGUGAUGGGCUCCUUGGCAGACAGGAAGUGUAUUCAAGGGCAGCGAGUGUCUGGCAUCCUGGUCAAACGCAACUUCAGCUACCAUAUCCUGAUGCCCUCUGACCUCUCUAACUACACAGACCUGGCUAUGGGCACCGUGAAGCAGUCCCAGGCCAUUCCCUUUACCGGCCCCAUCUCAGUGCUGGUCAGCCAGCUACGCAACCUCGCUGGAGAUGUAGAGGAGGUGGACGGAGCGGAGAAGAUCACUGUGAAGAUUUUUAAAAGCAUCACGCUGGUUCAUGAAGCUGGUAUGAUCCUACUGGAGUGGAUAGCCAACCCUCUGAGUGACAUGUACGCCGACGCAGUUGCGACGGUGGUCCUAGAGGUCCAAUCCAACCCCAAGGCCCAGAAAUUUGUUGAGACCAAGAAAGAAGGUUUGGACAUGGAUCUUUUUGUGGAGAGGCUGGAGCUGAUGCUGCAGGACAUGUUUGGAGAGGACUGUGUGGAUUUCAAAGACAACGGAAACUUCAGCCUGACUGUAGACGGCACCACUGUUUACAUCAACCCUGAAACCCGAAUGGUGGAAUAUGAGGAGAGCAGCACAGAUGACGAGUCGCUGAAAGAGAUGGUGGAGGUGGCCGUCCAGAGACUUUACGACGCUCUCAGCCCUGUCUUCUGAAGGCCCCGCCCAGUAUGUGACAUCAUAACCAGGGGAGCGCGAUUUACUGGUAUCUAUCUACCGCUGACAUUGUCCAAGCCGCCGUCUGUAAAGAAAAGCAGUUUACUGAUGUUUAAGUUAAUGGAGGCGAUCGUGUAUAAAUUCUAUACAAAGACUGAGGAGUCCUCAGUGCCUUUUUUCAUUCCUAUUAGACGAGGAGAUGCCUUAGCAAACAAAGAUGUAAUCUUUGUUUAAAACACGAUUCCAAAGGAAUCAACUUCACAAAUCUUAUUUUCAUUUCUUGGAUACAGCUUUUGUACUCGUUAUCUGUGGAAUCCAUUGAAAUGCAAAAAGAAUUAUGAUGAAAAUAAAUGUCUGAU